UAUUUACUAAAGAAAGGAAUCAGUUUCAGUUCGCGGUCAACUGUCUUAGGGUAAACACAUCGGAGAGUGGUUUCUGAGAAAAUAAUAAUUUCGAUUGCAUCAAUUUUGCCGAAAGUGUUAGAAAAAUUGUACCGACAGUUAAUUGAAAAUCGAUUCUGAUCGAAUGAUGUGGCAUUCAACUAUCUUCGUUCUCAUCGCAAUUCUUCAUCUGUCUACAUCAGCAUCACUCUGCGGAACAAGCAACGAAAUACCAAUCCAUAACAAUGUUCCACCAAUGACAACAAUUUCACCGUUCAACAUAUUGACGUCAGUUUCAACUGCGCAUCAAAGUGAAAUAGUAACUCUUCGAAUUAAGUCGAUUUUAUCAGAACUUAAGUUUGAAGGAUUUAUUGUUCAUGCAUUUAGCACGAGCCGAGGCGAAGUUCUCGGGAGGUUUACUUCAUCACGUGCAGGAUUAAAAUUAGGCAAUUGUGAUAGCGAAGACAAUAUUGCAACAUAUCAAGCAUAUCCGGGAGGUGUAGAUGAAGUGGAAUUGCAAUGGCAGGCUCCGAGUGAUUACGUGGGAGAAAUUCUAUUCAAUGCAACGGUAACUCAGGAUUACGAUACAUUUUGGGUUGGAAUUAAGUCGAAUUCGUUAGAAAUUAUUGAAAACGAGAUUUCAACUUCAUCAGCAAUACCUUCGAAUCACAAUAAACAAUUUUUAUCUAAGCGACAAGCUCCCACUUCAAUUUACGAAGGAUGUGGAUCGACGAAAACUUGCGUUGGGUACCCUUUGAAUUGUGAGCAAAACCAAACAUGCAGAGCUGUUACUACGGCGAGGAUUGUUGAUAAACGGUUUUUUUUCGAGCUGCAAUCUAGUGCUGAUAAUGUCGGCUACGUUUCUCUUGGAUUGUCCAGGUCAGAUCAAAUGGGUGACUGUUCAGUUAUGGAAUGUUUGCGCGAGAACGGCAGUAUUUAUCAAUAUAACUCGUGGAAUUUUCGGCGAUCUAAUACGAGAGAGGGAGUUCCGCAAAACAUCACUACGCUGCUUGAAUCAUCCUAUCUCGAUGGCACUAUUUACUGCAAAUUUGAACGCGAUCCGUCUUCGGUGGUACUUGGAAGUGAAUUUGACUUGGAAGCCGAAAGAUUUUAUUUCUUGGUUGCUAUCGGUACUAACUUCUCACCGACAGCAAUUUUGCAUCAUAACCUGGGACGAUCGGCAUCUACACAACCACAGGAAAUAAUUAGAGAGGUCGAUCCUAUUUAUCAAGGAUGUGGAACGGACAAAAUUUGUUUCGGUAUGCCAAUUGGAUGUUUAAAUGAAUCAUCAUGUGACGCAGUUGCUGCGGUUCUGGUUGAAAAUGAUCUUUACGAAUUUGAAUUGCAAUCCGAAGAUGCAAGGGCCGCUUACGUUUCCUUCGCUCUAUCUAGGGACAGGAUAAUGGGCGACGAUUCAGUCAUGGAGUGCAUACUACAGAACGGUACUGUUCGAGCAUACACUUCUUGGAAUGUUGCACGUCCAGAUAUCGGAAAUACAAGAGAGGGCGUGGAACAAGACAUCAUUGAACAGAUCAAUGGAACUUAUAUUGAUGGAAAAAUCUACUGUAAAAUCAGACGUGAUAAAGCGACACAUAUACUUGGCCAUGAAUUCAAUUUAGCAUGGGCAGAUUUUCACUUUAUGUUAGCCACUGGAACUGGUCUCGUAGCAAAUGGUAUUGGGGGACACGAUCUGAACCGCACUGUGUCCCAGGAAACAUUUGAAUUACCUGGAAGAAGGAGUGCCGCACCAUUUGUACAGAUUUCUGCAAUUACAAUUGUUGCUUGGUUGUUAGCAACCAGUUGCGCACACUUCUUUCGCAGGCUAUAAGUUCAUAUAAUUUCGUUGGCAUGACAGGAUCGCUUACCAAAUAUUACCAAAAUCAUUGUAGCAUAAUAAAUCGUAGCCCAUUGUGAUCACAUAGAUAAAUAGAAUAUUCAGCAGAUUUGAUAAAAAUUAGUUUACAAUUAAGACAAAUGAUUGUGAGAUAAGCUUAGCAACUACUCAGCUUCCCACGCCUCAACUACGGCUGUCAACAUGUUAUUCUUAGCAGUGAUAAAUGAUUUUGAGAAUAACAUCAACCGAAAUAAAAACCAUGUUGUAACCAGA